GUAAGGUCGUGGCAUAAACAGAUGGCCUUCUUACAACUGCACAUAGGCAUAGGCAUAGGCAUAGGCUUAGGCAGUCGUCAGUCAGUCUUCCAGUCUCAUAAGUGUUUAUUACUCAUAUUAUCUCUGAUUGGCUGUGGUCCAACGUUGUUCCACCUGCGCCAUCCACACUCUACCACUGCUCUCCACCGGACCGGAAUCAGAUUCGAUCGCCUGUGAUGGGUCUAGAGAACCAGCUGUCCGACGUGUCGUCGGAGUCCUUGCUAGUGUGCGCCGUGGUGCUUAUGGCCCGGGGCGUAGGUUAUCUCAACUCGCUCUUCCUCACUAUCCUCAGCGGUUUGGGAUUUUCCCCAAAUGGUCACCGCCACAACCACGCCGGAGCUCUAUACGACGUCGUCGGCUCCGGCCUCGCCGGCCUAAUCGUCCUCUGCGAACAGAUGAACCUCAAUCGAGCCUGCUCCGGCGCCGCCGCCGACGCCGAUUUGGACGGCGACUGCGUCGUUUGCCUGAACCCGAUGCGCGAGGGGGACGUCGUCCGCCGCCUGCUCUGCCGCCACGCCUUCCACAAGGAUUGCUUCGACGGCUGGCUCGACCACCUCAACUUCAACUGCCCGCUCUGCCGGACGCCGCUCGUUUCCGAAGAGCGCAUGAGCCUCACGCAGAGCCGCGUGGCGGAGGAUCUCCUCGCGUGGUUUCCGUUCCGAUGAGGCGGCGCGUGACCGUCCCGUCGCAGCUCUUUUUAAUUAGGCUGUACUGUUUUGAUCAGUUUUUUUUUUUUUUUUUUUUUUUAAUAGCAAAGGGGGUUUAGAAGUUUGACCUUUGACUUUUUUUUUUUCUUUUUUUUUUUUGUGGGAAUAUUUUCUGAGGUUUUUGGAGAGUGCCCUUUGACGUGCUCUUUUCAACCUGUUGUAAAAUAAUAGUUCUUUUUUUUUUUUUUUUUGUUCCUG